UCCAAACUCAAGUAUCUGAAGUUUGAACUCGACUUGACUUGUUCACCCGACUAAUUUUUUUUAUCACAAAAAUUCUCCAUCUGAUUCCUGAUAGGAUAAGCAGCGCCCUGAUUGGUCGACAAAAAGAUUUCCAUUUACAGAUGGAAAAAUAAAAUUCACACGAAAAAUAUAAACCAAAUUAAAAGAAAAAAAUACUUUGAAACUCUUGAAGCUCACAAUUCCCAAAUGGCAGGGGCGACGAGUGCCGCCGCCAGCAGCUACCGGAAAAACUCGCCAAUCCGACACGGCUUCAGUCGCUUGUUCCCCGCCGGUGAUGAUGCCCCGAGGUUUUUGGCCAUGGCGUCCAAAAAGAAGGUGAACAAAUACGAUUCGGGGUGGAAAAAACAAUGGUUCGGGGCAGGAUUAUUCUACGAGGGAAGUGAAGAACUCGAAGUCGACGUUUUCAAGAAGCUCGAAAAGCAAAAGGUCCUCAGCUCUGUCGAGAAAUCCGGUCUCCUCUCGAAAGCAGAGGAGCUCGGUUUAACCCUCUCGUCCAUAGAAAAACUUGGACUUUUGUCCAAGGCUGAGGAGCUCGGCCUCUUGAGCCUGCUCGAGAAUGCUGCCGGAUUCUCUCCCUCAGCCCUGGCAUCGGUGGCUCUGCCGGUUCUGGUGGCGGCUGUGGCCGUGAUCGUGGUGGUUCCCGACGACUCGGUGGUGCUUGUGGCGGCUCAGGGAUUGGUUGCCGGAUUGCUGGCGGCCGGAGGUCUUGUGCUGUUCGUGGGGUCCAUCGUGCUCCAAGGGCUGCAAGAGGCAGACUAGACAAACUGGUNAUUGAUACUUUGUUUUGAGUGAUUUU